AUGGCACAGCCUUCCUUUUCGCCCGAUACCUCUGUUUCUUCGCACACGCUCUCCCUGGGCUCGGCCCCUCCGCCCCCAAUGGAGCUCCAGCCCGCCGCUGCGACAUCUCCCACAAGUCUGCUCACAAACCCCCUCGCUUUUUUGCAGCCUACUUCUCAACUUAAUGCAUCUUUCCUGGCCGCUGCGAAACAGUACCUCGAUCCCGUCGCUGCUGGCGUGAGCGAAUCGCAGUCGAGACGACAACAAGAGUUGCGCAAGAAGCGGAAGCGGGGUGGAGGCUAUGACGACGACAUUAAUGUCUUGCACUUGAAGAAGGUUCAUGUGGACGGCUUCGGUGUGGACCAAGUGUUCGAGCAGACACGCAAGAUUGUUGAGGCGACAGCAGAGGAAAUUGAACUUUCGUUGCCAGAACAGGAAGAUGGCGUUGUGCCAGAGUUUGAUGAAGAAGACGAUGAAGAUCUUGAAGAGCCAGAGGAAUAUCACACCGAGUCGGACAUAGGAGAAGAGGGUGUGGAUUGGGAAUACGACGGUAUUGACGAUGACGAGGAUGCGAAACCAGAAGAUGACGAGUCGGAAGACGAAGAUGAAGAAAUGGAAGACGGCGAAGAGGGCGUGCUCUCCGACGAGGGAUCCGAUGAUGAGCCUGCAGAAACCUAUGUGCCCGAUCCAAAUGGUCUCAAUGAUGGCUUCUUCUCCAUAGAUGAUUUCAACAAGCAGACCGACUUCCUAGAACAGCAAGAUCAGAGAGGAGAGGGUGUGGAUAGCGACGACGAAGAGAUAAACUGGGAGGCAGACCCAAUGGAAGACGGUGGCGCCAAGACCAAGUCGCAGCCUUCGUCAGGAGACGCGUCCGAUGAUGAAUCCGAUGAGGGUGGACCAACCUUUGGCAACGCAGAUCUCAAUGCACCCGAAGGUGACAGCGGCGACGAAGAUGAUUUUGAGGAGGGCGAUCUGGACGGCCUUGACGCUGGCAUGAACGCUAACAAUGUCAUGUACAAGGACUUCUUUGCGCCACCGGCGCAGAAAGCUGGAAAGAACAAGAACAAGAACAGCAAGAAACGAGGGCGGCCGAACCCCCAUAACUUCCCGGAGAAGCAGGAUGAGCCGGAAGAAGAGAUUGAAGAAGACGUGGAGCGCACUAUGGCCAAGGUGCACAGAGAUCUAUUUGAGGACGAUGACGAUGUAGAAAGCGAUGGAGAUCUUUCGGAUGUUGAUCCUUCAGAUCCAAAGUCAAGACGGUCUACACACGAACGCAGACAGGCCAAGAUAGCAGAAGAGAUUAGGAAAUUAGAAGCAGCCAAUGUUGCAAAACGACAAUGGCAGCUAUCCGGAGAGGCACGCGCAGCUGACCGUCCGCUAAACUCACUGCUGGAAGAGAAUCUCGAGUUCGAAAGAGCCGGCAAACCCGUCCCAAUAGUCACCCAAGAAACAUCAGAAGACAUUGAGGCACUCAUCAAACGACGCAUCUUAGCCGGAGAAUUUGACGAGGUGCACCGCCGAAGACCAGACGACCUCGCAACAGGCCCCCGCCGUGGUCGCGUCGAGAUAGAUGACACCAAAUCUGGCAAGGGUCUGGCCGAAAUCUACGAAGAAGAGCACCUACGCCAGACAGACCCCAACUUCGUCGAGGCCAAGGACGAGAAGCUCAAAAAGGAACACGAUGAGAUCUCCGCCCUCUGGAAAAGCGUAUCCGCCAAACUCGAUUCUCUCAGCUCUUCACACUUCAAGCCCAAACCAGCAGCACCAAACCUCGAAAUCCGCACGGACGCUCCCGCUAUUGAAAUGGAAGAUGCCCGCCCCACUGCUGGCGGCGACGUCGCAGGCGCAAGCAUGCUCGCGCCCCAAGAAAUCUACAAACCCGGCGACGAGCAAAACAAGGCGGAAAUCGUCACAAAGAGUGGCAUGCCUGUUGCCCGCGAAGAAAUGUCUCGCGAAGAGAAGUCAUCAAGGCGACGCCGCGCAAAGGAGAGGGCUAAGAAGGCUGGUCUUAAUAAGCCCAAGGAGCAGAAGGUUGAAGGUAAGGAGAAGAAGAGGGGUGAGAAGAAGCAGUUGUUGGGUGACUUGAAGAAGGGCGGCGUACAGAUUAUCGGACGCAAGGGUGUUAUUACGGAUGUCGAGGGCAAGGAGGUCAAGGAUGGAGCGAAGAAGGGUGCGGGAAGCUACAAGCUAUAG